CAAUGAUACACACCGCUGACAUACUAUCAAACCACACACCUUCAAUCACUUAGUAUUGUCUGCCUUGAUAGACUACGCAUGCAGCACUGACCUUGAAUCGUAUCCGUGUUGUUGCAAUUUAAGGAGCUCGAGCGCGUUACUUUAAUUAUAUUGAUGAUAAAGCUAUUGUUAAUCUCAUGAUGUCUUUGCCAACUCCCAUGCUAAGGAUUGAAUUAUUUGGGAAUUGAGAUCUUUUUUCAUUCAGAUUUUGUGGAAUUCUUUUUGUAUGAACGCACAUAGUAACAACAAUCAAAGUAUCGGUCCCUAUGUUAUUCGAUCAGAAAUUGGACGCGGCUCUUUUGCCAUUGUUUACAAGGGAAAGCAUUCAGAAACAAAGCGCGUGGUCUCCAUUAAGAGCGUGCUGACAAAGAAAUUAACCAAGAAACUGUUGGAGAACUUGGAAAGUGAAAUAUCAAUUUUAAAGGAAAUCCGACAUGUUCACGUAGUAGAAUUAAUAGAUUGUAUCAAAGUAGGCAGGUUUAUCCAUCUUGUGAUGGAGUACUGCUCUUUGGGUGAUUUAAGCUACUUCAUUCGGAAACGAGAAAAGUUCAGCAGCAUACCUUCUCUAGCUUGGAUUAAUGUAGACCAUCCUCCUGUUUAUAAAGGGGGACUGAACGAAACGCUCGUUCGUCAUUUUUUGAAGCAAUUAGCUUCUGCGCUCCAAUUCCUACGCUCCCGGUCUCUGAUUCAUCGCGAUGUUAAACCACAGAAUCUCCUGUUACAACCUCCACCCACCGAAGAUUUCUUAAAACAACAUCCUCAAUUUAUUGGUAACCCGAAACUGCCAAUGCUAAAACUAGCUGACUUUGGUUUUGCUCGAUACCUUCAAACAUCCAGCAUGGCCGAAACGUUAUGUGGAUCUCCUUUAUAUAUGGCUCCUGAAAUUUUGAGAUAUGAGAAAUACGAUGCAAAGGCGGAUUUAUGGUCUGUGGGCGCUGUUCUCUAUGAAAUGGCCGUUGGAAAACCGCCUUUUAAAGCUCCUAACCAUGUUGAACUAUUACGCCGUAUCCAGCGUGCAAAAGAUGUUAUAAAAUUUCCAGAGGAGGCUUAUAUUCACCCGGAUAUCAAGGGGUUAAUUUGCGCAUUGCUAAAGCAAAACCCAGCAGAUCGCAUCGACUACGACCAAUUUUUUUCCAGCAUGGUAAUAACAACUCCAGUGGUAGACGACUCUACUUUAACUGGUAGUGACAUCCAGGACGCCGUCAGGGGUAUAAACAUUCCUUCUUCCAGUCCCGCAUAUAUUACCGACUUUUUCCCGAAAAGCAAUCCGAACAAUCCUCCUGGCGGUUUACUACGACAGGCUUUUCAAGCCCAAGGAUCUGUACAUCAACCAGGAGACAUAUCCAAUCGACGGCUUUCCACACGUUAUGCUCAAGAUGGAACAGCACUGCCGCAUGCCCCCGCUAUUUUUCCGCCCGAAAGUGCUCCUCCUGCCAGCAACUACCCUUAUCAUCUCAAUUCUAAAACGAACAUACCAAUUUCCGAGCAUAAACAUCGUAAUAACCAUGUAUCCGAUAAAAGUAGUACUUAUGUCGUCGUCGAUCGCCAUAAUGUAAACUCCUUUGAGCAUCACUCUGAUGAUGAAUUAGACCUAGUUCAAAAUCAGGAACCUUCUCUAAAUGGGAACUCUGCUUCUCCAAACGAAGACGUUUUUCAUGGGAGCUUCUCUCCUGAAAGUUUGCCAUCCAACCCGCAAACAUAUAUCCAUCCCCGUCGCAUUCCUAUACCUUACAUGAAGGCUAAUGCCUAUCCGCCUCAUAAUGCGUACUUAUCGCAUACACCUGUUACGCAGCUACGUCGAGCUUUCGAACAGACGCCAAUAACAUUACCAAAUGCGCCUGCUGGUAAUAGCCAUGAAAGUGCAUUGGAAAGGGCACUCAAUGUUGCUAAUGCAAAACUCAAUCAUGGAGUUGAUGGUAUUACAAGCAAAAGCCCUAUUCAGUCAUUACCCAAACAAGCUACCUUACCGAACCGUACGAACGCACCUAUUAUUUCUCAGACCAUUGAUAGAACGUUAAUGGAAGUUUUGGAAAAUCUAGCCGCUAAAUCCAAUGCUGUUUUCCAUAUGGCUGAGGUGAAAUUAAUACAAGUACUUCCAUCUUUGGAAGUUGAUGAUACACAGUUUGAUUCAAUGAAAGACGCUCGACUCACAUCAGCAUCAUUAGUUUCCUUAGUGAAAGAAUCAUUGACAUUAUAUCAAAGGGAUAUUGAACUUCUGCAAAUUGCGUUUGAUUUUGUCGCAACCGUAUGGUCUAAUAAUGAUGAGAAAAAUACGUCUGAGUGCCGAGAAGCGAUGAAUUGGUAUCAACAAAGAUACGCAGAAAGCCUCGAGAAAACUCAAUUUUUGAAAGCCGUCAUUAAUUCAUAUACCUUCGUUAAUACUCAACAGACGGCUAAACCCACGUUUGCAUCGCAACUUAUCUACCAAAGGGCUUUGGACAUAUCUCGAAACGCUGCUACUUCUGAACUUUCUGGUAAUGAUUUGGUUAAUUCAUUGAGAAGCUAUAAGGCUGCCAGUAAUUUAUUAGAAUCGCUACUUGAAGGUGAAUUUUCGACUCCUAACGGCACUGAAGAUUUUAACAAUACCUUUACUAUUCAGAAACUAACUACGUUGAUUUCAAAGCGUUUAGACUUAUUGCAAAGUAAACUACAAGGAAGUCUUCCAAAUGUGACAGAUAAGGUUUCUGAAGGAUUAGCUAAUAUGACCCUUACUACGAAUUAUGCAUGAAUUAUUCGCUUGUCUUUGUUUACGUUAUUAUAAAGAUUUUCUCUUUCCAACCGAUUUCACGUUAUGAAUUUCGAUUAAUUUUGUUAUGACUCCAGUUUUUACCGCUAAUAUUUUUUUACUUUAAUUAUUUAAUCUAUAUUUAAUUGAUAAUAGAGAAGCAACGCAUGAUAUAUCAUAAAGUCUAUGGCUUCAAUAAAUUAAUUUUGCACA